GAGCUGGACGACGCCCACGCGGUCUUUGAGGACAAGGCCCGGACCUUCGCGCAGAGCAAGACCUUUCAGAAAGCAAAAGGUGGUGCGCGUGGGUUCUACCCCUUCGGCAAAGGCAAGGGGAAGAAGGGCAAGCUAAAGGGCAACUUCGGGAAGGGCAAAG